ACGUGGAGACRAUGAGGAGAUGAUGUCGAGGAGGACGUGCUCAGGAGAUGACAUAGAGAUUACGUGGGGAUGAUGUGGAGAUGGCGAUGACGUGGAUUAUGGAGAUGGCAAGGAUAGCACGUGGCGAUGAUGUGGCGAAGACCGAAAGGAUAUUGGCGGAGAUCCUUGGUCCCGACAACUCGGUAGCUGAGCUCCAAGACCGCCUUCAACGGGUGGAGCAGCGACCAGUCGCCGCCGCCGACGCAGGCUCUUCCAACACUGCCGACCGCCUCACCGCAUUGGAGAUGCACGUCGGCUCCCUCCAAGAUGGCGCACAGUUACAGCAGACCGCGACGCAACAAUUACAGCAGCGGAUCUGCACUACGGCCACCACCUCGAGUCCGGAGCCGAGCGAGACAACUCCUAAGUUCAAUGGGCAGGAGAUCUUCCACGACUCAAUCAAGACAGAUCCGAUUCCAUGGUUUCGCAAGUUUGAUCUCACGCUGCAGCUCCACAACGUCAAGGAAAACAAGCACCAUGCUUACUUGUACUCUCGCUCAGGGGGCGCGUGUCAGGCAUGGUUGGACAACUUGUUGUCCAAGUACGGAGUGGUAGGAGUGGACUUGCACACCAUGAUCAGCUGGGAUGAUCUGAAGGCGGCGUGGCACAAGUGGUUCCAGGUGGAGCCGCCAGAGAUCAAAGCCAUGGACAAGCUUAUGGUCCUGGAGCACGGCUCAGUGCCGAGUACAGACUGGAUCGCCGAGUACCAACGCUUGACGUCAGUCCCAGACAUCCAGAUGGGCUUCAAGGCCAUCCGCCACUAUUUCAUCUCGAGGUCGUGUCCGGCAUUGAGCAAUGCCCUGACGCAUGUCGAGGACACCUUGACGACGACGGCGGAACUAUUCGACAAGGCUGUGCAGAUCAUCGUUACGAACAAGGAGGCCAAGAACCUCCGUUCUUCUGCGUCAGGCCCGAGCGGGAACCAUUAUCGGCCACGAGUGGCCGUGGUCGCAGCGGCAGCGCCGUUAGACCAAACUAGCGAGGCUGCGUCUGCCAGUGAAGGAGAUAGAUUCGCAGCCGCCCGGGAAGGCUGUUUGCCGGGACCGCAAUGCGCAACACUUAGCGCUCAUCUCCACACUUACCUUUCCUUCUAUGCACCACCAACUUCACCGACGGAUGACGAAGUCGCGGUGGGGGACAUCCUCGCGUAUGUUAUCAAGGUGGCCCACGAGUUUCGCACGCAGCGGUACGAUAACAACAAUGCACCGCUCAUGUAUGUCCGCAUCCAGGUUGGGCAAGCAUCCUGCAGCGCUUUGCUGGAUAGCGGCGCGACUCGCAACUUCAUGAGCCAGUCUUUUAUGCAAAGAGCUGCCCUUGGCGCAGAAGUUUGGAGAAAGGAAAACCCGACGGCGAUCAAGUUGGCGGAUGGAAAGACGCAGCAACUACUCGGCCGUUACAUCGAGGUCGUACCAGUCUACUUCGCACCUCAUGCAUGCGAACCAGUGACAUUCGAUAUUCUCGACACGGACUUCGACAUCAUUCUGGGAAUGCCUUGGCUUGCAAGUGCGGAUCAUACGGUCAACUUCCAUCGGCGGACUCGUAACGUUCGCGACGCCUUCGGCGCGGAAGUGGCGUGUACGAUUCCUCUACCGCACUCUUCGAUCCGGUGCCAAGUGGUGACGRCCAAAUCAUUCCGGGCGACUUGUGCUUACGAGCAGCCCGAGGAGAUCGGCAUAUGUUUCCUACGGACCGUCGCGAUAGCCGACUCUUCACCCACGGACUUGUCUUCAGACCCCCGUGUGGUACGGUUGCUGGAUGAGUUCGCCGACAUCUUCGAGUCACCUACCGGUGUGGUGCCGGGUCGGCCGAUCUCUCACGAGAUCAUUCUUGGGGCCGGUGCCGUGCCGCCGAAAGGUUGCAUCUAUCGGAUGAGCGAGGAGGAUCUUGAGGUACUCCGCACACAACUUGAUGAUUUGUUGGCCAAGGGCUGGAUCCGCCUGAGUAGCUCCCCAUAUAGAGCACCAGUUCUCUUCGUCAGGAAGAAGAACAAGGAUCUACGAUUGUGUAUCGACUACCCCAAGCUCAAUGCGCAAACCGUCAAGAAUGCGGGGCCUCUUCCUCGCAUCGACGAUCUUCUCGAGCGGCUGGGCGGUGCGAAGUAUUUUUCCAAGUUGGAUUUGAAAUCAAGUUAUCAUCAAAUCUCGAUUCAGCCGAAUGAUCGCURUAAAACYKMAUUCAAGACGCGGUACGGGCAUUUUGAGUGGGUGGUCAUGCCUUUUGGCCUCACCAACGCCCCGGCGACAUUCCAGGCGGCGAUGACCAAUGAGUUCCGUGCAAUGUUGGACCGGUUCGUGCUGGUCUACUUAGACGAUAUUCUCCAAGAGCUGGAAUACUUGGGUCAUUUUGUCACACCGGAGGGCAUCAGUCCGCUAUCGGACAAGAUUCACGCCGUCAAAGCGUGGCCGGAGCCUCGGAACGUCACGGAUGUUCGCUCGUUCCGCGGUCUUACCGGCUACUAUCAACGCUUAAUCAAAGGCUACUCCAAGAUCGCGGCCCACUUGAACAAGCUUCAGUGCGAGGAUAGGCCGUUUGACUUUGGAGAGGAGGCGCGGGGAUCAUUCCUCGCUCUCAAAGCCGCGCUAUUGUUCGCGGAGGUCUUGCGAAUAUACGCCCCGCUCGCGCCUACACGUGUCACUACGGAUGCAUCAGGCUAUGACAUUGGUGCAGUCCUCGAGCAACAUGAUGGUGUGGACUGGCACCCGGUCGAGUACUUCAGCAAGAAAGUUUCACUCGUGCAUUCCAUUGACGAUGCACCCAAGAAGGAGCUCCUUGCCUUCGUCCACGCGCUCAAGCGGUGGCGGCACUUCCUCCUUGGUCGAAGCCAAUUUCACUGGGUAACGGACAACAAUCCGUUGGUCUUCUACAAGACCCAAGACACCCUCGACUUCUUUCCUGAUCACAUUCCCGGGAAGUCGAACCGUUUUGCAGAUGCUCUUUCACGGCGUCCGGAUCAUUGUAUCGCGGUCUACUCGACUUUCGAGAUUGACGAUGACCUGCGGAACAGCUUCAUCCGCGGCUACCAAGCCGACCCCGAGUUUCGCGACAAGUACGCGAAUUGCUCCUCUCCUAAUCCGACUCCUUCUCACUACCGGAUCCAAGAGGGGUACUUGCUUGUCCACACGCGGGGGAAGGACUUUCUUUGUGUACCGAGUGAUCCUCACUUGCGUACACGGCUUCUUGGCGAGUUCCACGACGCUCCCGCCACUGGACACAUUGGAGUCAAUCGCACGAUUGGCCGACUUCGCCAGCGAUUUUGGUGGCCAGGCCUUCUCGGCGACGUCACGCGCUAUUGCGAGUCAUGCGAGGUUUGCCGACGCUGCAAAUCCCGCAACCACCGUCCGUACGGCGAGUUACGACCAUUGCCUGUCUUGUUGAGGCGAAGGGAAGCGAUUGCCAUGGACAUCACCGGCCCGUUCCCCAAGCACAAGACCGGAGUGGAUGGGAUUCUCACGGUGGUUGACCGACUCACCAAGUUCGCCAUGUUCUUGCCUUGUCGCUAUCAUGCCAAGGCACCGGAGUUGGCCGAGGUUCUGUACGCCGGUGGGAUUCGCACCAAGGGUCACCCCAAGGAGAUCGUCUACGACCACGACACUCGCUUCAUGUCCGGUUUUUGGUUGGUGCUCAUCAAGCGAUGGGGCUCAUCUCUCAAGCCCAGUUCAGCUCGCCACCCUCAGACCGAUGACCAGACGGAGAGGGCGCAUCAAACCGCACAGGUUCUCCUUCGCACUCUCAUCCGCCCCGACCAGAAAGACUGGGUUGAGCGACUCCCGGACGUUGAGUUGACCUACAACUCUUCCAUCCACCCGGCUAUUGGGAUAUCGCCCUUCGAGUUUGAGCACGGCUCAGCACUGGAAGGGGUAUGAGUGGAAGGCCCCGAGCUGACAGGGCAGAUAAAAGGGCUCAUUGAAU